ACUUGAAUUGGACAGUCGUCACCUGGGACCAAGAUCCAGCCAAUCAGCGUAGCAUUUGACAAGCGAGCCUGCAGCUUGAGCGCACACCUUCCAUUUCCAAUUUAAAUCAUACUAGGAAAGCUGUGUUGGUUUGUUAGUGAUAAUCCUUUUGCAUGUAGAUAUGGAGGCGGCCACGUCCACUUUGCAACACUCUUACGGUCUGGGCCCUCGGGGUCCCAACCCACCGCACGGAGCUCAGCAGGCCCAGGGGCCCCAUCAACCGCCCCCAGGGCCUUCAGGGGCUCCACGUCCUGAGGACCAGCAGCAGCAGCACCACAAACCUUUCUUCUACAUCCAGCCCUCGCAGCCGUACGUGCCCAUGCAGAGCCUGCAGUGGCCUGUGCCCGUGCCCAUACCUCUGUCCUAUAACCCAUACUAUGGCUACCCUGGCUUAGGUUACGGCAUGCCACUGAUGUCCCACUAUCAGCCAAAUCCAUACAUGGAGCCACCUGGCUUUGUUGUACCCCAUACUCACCUGCAUCUGAUGGACUACAGGCGCCUGCUCAAUCCCCAGUAUUACCAGACCAUGGCCUACCACUCUCGCAGGUUCCGCUAUCAACACAACGUCCCGGCCAGAGAAAUGACCACCUCUCAGGUUCAAACUGAGCCACUGUCUGCCACCCAGAGGACCGGCACCCCGGUUUCCAGUGAUGUCGAAACCUCCAGUGGCCUCUCUGUCUGCAGCACUGAUAUCCCCAGUGUCCCCACCGGCCAGUCGCUCUCACCACCCUCGGCUGUGCAGAAGGGGGACAAUUCUCUGGAGCUAAAGGACAUGGUGCCCUCCCCCACGACCAGGACGUCGCCAAACGGCAGCUUCGUGAUUCAGACUGAGGAAGUGAGGAUUGAAUGCUGCACUACACCGGUGGGACUACAACUUCUGCACUCUCACGAGACCGCAGAAGUGUCCCACAGAUUUUCCCAAGACGUGGUCCAGUGUAGCUCCAUGCUCCAGGGCAGUGUGCUGCAGGACGAAGCACUCUGCCUUCCUGCAGACCAGUCGGAGCCGGCACUCCAAGCUUGUCCUGACAUCCUGUUAGUCGGGACGCCCAGCAGCGGUGAGAAGAUCUCCGCCCUGGAGGAGUCCAGGGAUCAAACGGACGCUGUCACCGAGUUCUCCAAUUUGGGAUCUCAGGUAGCAGCUCACGGUGACGUUGCGGAGAAAAAGAACAAGAGAGACCUGAGUAUGACCUCCAAGAAUUUUCACUUUAAAGUCGUUCACCUGCCCUUCGACCCACAGUAUCUGGAUGAGCUGCGGAAGAUGGAGUCCACUGUUUGGUCGGUGGAGGAAACCUUGAUUCCCUCCCCCGACUCGCUGAUCGAGAACGGCUGCACAGACUCUAAUGAUGAAACACUGACCGCUGUUGCUGAAAUGCCCUCAGCGGAUGUGCUGACGGUGAAAGAGGAGGCUCCUACAGAGGAGGUCGUCCCCAUGAUUGAGAUGCCUCCCCUGGCAGAGAAUGAACUGGAGGACAUGGUCCCCGCUGUGGGGAGUCCUGUGGACGAGAUGGUGUCUGAGGCGGAUAUCUGCCCCAUGAUGGAUGCUGCAGAGGAAGCUCCUGGGACCCGGUUGACGCACACAGCAGAGGUGGCUCUUGAACAUGAUUUGUUGUUGUUGGAUAAUUCCCCUCUUAAGGGAGAUAGGAACCAACAUAGAGGAACAAACAUGCAGGAUCACCAGGACACUUCAUUUGAAUCGUUGCCUGCCUACCUCCCCUCAACCAGCUGGCUGGCUGACUUUGAUAACAUCUACUAUCGUAGCAAGAUGCCACCAACUCCCAAGAAGCAGAAAAAACCCCUGAGCAGCUGUGAUUUAGAUGUGCCCACUAGGAGGAGAAAACUAGACCUAGAGUACAAAGAACAACCUACCGUUCGCAUGCCAAAGGAGACGUACAAACCCAAAGGCAAAGUGGAUCGGCGAAGCCUCUCUGACCACGAGUGCUGCCUCAGCAGAAAUUUCAAUGAGAAUGCGUUCACCCCGUACGCGUCCAAGAGGGAGCGACUUUGCUCCAGAUGUCUGGCAAAACGCAGGACCUGCACAUCUGCCGGUCCCGGGAUCGACGGCAGGAGCUUAAAAAGAAAAGCGGCUCCCUUCCAACAGCGCAAUGACGCACGCCUACCAACGUGUGAAGCAUGUAAAUCUCACACUAAGAAACUGUCGAGCAAAGGCUCCAGUCCCGACGUCCGCGGUCUCCAUCACGGGCGCGACACCGAGGGAGAAUCCUCCGAGAACAGCUCGUGUCGCAGAGGCCCAAAGUGGCGGGCAGCCGACGAUGGCAGGAAACCCGCAGACCUCAAGAGGCCACUGGCCACCAAGCAGAACCUGGAGAAAUGUCCCGCAGCGCUGUACCCAAAGCUGCGGGAAAAGAACUGUGUGUGCAAUGAGUUGCAGUAUCGGCCUGUUGCGUGGGAGCGGCUGCGUCGCUGCCCCCACGGCAACGCCAUCCGAGAAAUGGAUGAGAACUGCGCCGUGCCCGUUUCCCUUCAGGCAAAAUGGAGGAACGUGGAUCAAAUUUAUCUGACACACAGGUGGCAAACUGGUUCUCAUCCAACAGAGAAGUCAUCGAAAGCAGUGAUGCCUAACUUUGACGCCGACGGCUCCAAGAAUGAAGCCAGAUCACAACACCUGAAUAAGCACAAGAAAUCACAAUCACAAGGAACUAGUAGAAAAGACACAAGAUGCUGAUUUGCACAAGAGCACACUUCAACAGAGUGAAAAAAAGACACUUUUUAAAAAAAAAAGACACUUAAUUUAAAAUAUUUCACUUAAUGUCAUUGUACAAGAAAUCACUGUUCACUAUUUAUUUAUUAACAUUUAAAUAAACACAAAUUGAUUAUA